GUGGGCGUGGCCCCGGCGGACCGCCCUUCCCGUCGCUGCCGAGCUGACAGCCUCAGUCGGCGGGCGGCGGCGGCGUGGGAGGAUUUGAAAGGUGGGGAUGUCGACUUCCUGUUUGGAUUGAGCCUCGCGAGGGAGGGAAUUCUGCUGCACCUUGGGUUCGGGAGGAUUCUUUUCCUGAAGCAAGGAAGAGAAUUUCUUGCAUUAGCGUCGGUGCCUUACAGAAGAAUUGAACUGUCACGUCUGAGACUACCCCUGGGCAGGUGGGGAAAUGGCAUUCCUGAUUUUCCACACUGUGUUUUGAGGUUCUAGAGUCGUGAGGAGAUCCUGAAUUCUAGGAUCCUGAGAAGGGUGUCGUUUGAUAUUGGGAUUCCGUCCAUUUGCCAGGGUGAGGUGGAAAGGAGAUCAGGCUUCCAAUUGGAUCACCAUGUGUGGGGACGGAGUUGGCUGAGUGUUGGAGCAGUUGGGAGUUUAUUUUGAGACAGGCUCAUCCUUUCGAAGAUAAACGCUCCCCCAGCUUAUUUUGGGCAAGGAAGCUGGACACCAGGACCCCAUUUCCAUAACUGCACUUCUACCAGGAAGAUUUGAAGGAUCCUGGCUUGUUUUCUGCGCCUUGCCGACAGGUUAUCAGUGGCUCCUGCGUUGGGUCACACCUAAUUUGGAGCCGCCAUACCAGGGAAAAGAUUGGUGCUCCCUUUCAGUGGGAUCGGACUGUGCACAAAGGUGUGCAUUGGCGAGGAGGAUUUGUUGUGAGUGGAGGUAGUGACGCCACGGUGUUCCUCUGACGCCUUAAAUAUACACAAGAGUUUUCUGUAGCAAGGAGUUCCCAAGACACUCACCUGUCUGCGAGAAGACAUUCCUCUUCAUCUGGGUCUUAAAUUGGCGUCCCUUUACUCUGACAGACUGCCCUCCCGGUCCUAGAGUCUCCUGCGAGGGGAAACGUACCAUAUCCAGGUUUGAAUCCUGCCGUGGCAGAUGCUGGAGUUUUAAUUUAAUUCCUGAUGGAGCCUCUCCAGUCGGUGUCUCUGAUGAAUAAGCUGAAGGGUCUGAGCCAGGAGCAGCUCCGAGAGGUCCUGCACAGCCAGGAGAAACAAGAGACCCUGGUAUUGGACAGUGAGGAGGUGCAGAACCUGCAGCUGGAGCGGGAGAUGUCACUGGCAACCAACCGCAGCGUGGCAGAGAAGAACCUGGAGUUCAAGCCACGACUAGAGGGCGGUAAGGGCCGGCUCCAGGAGAAAUACACAGAGCUGCGGAGGCUGUAUGAGACAGUUGAGGAGCAGAGGAAGCAACUGGAAAGAUUUUCAAAGGCAGCAAAUACUGAUCAUCUGCUGUUGACACUGCAAGCAGAGGGAACCAAGAUCGAGGAAGAGUCUGAGGAGCUGGCAGAGAGGUUCCUCGAAGGGCACUUUGCCCUGGAGGUGUUUUUGGAGCAGUACAACGAGCAGCGAAAGGUGGUUCACCUCUGCCGGGUCCGGAUUGAGAAGCUGCAGGAGAUCCUGAGCCAGCCCAGGCAACCCCUGGCCACGGUCCUGCCCGGCCCCCCCGACAUCCUCUCCGAGCCCCAGCCUAGCCCGAACCUGCCCCAGCGGCCCCCGCCGCCCGUGCCCCGUCCCCCAGCCGCGCAGGCCCUGCCCUACGACCCCAACCCGGGAGCGGCCGGCGUCACCCGUCAGGUGAUGCCCCCUUACCCCCCUGCGGCUGCCCCCCCUCAGUUCUACCCCCGGCCUGGCGAGGCUCAGCGCCCUCCCUACCCCAUGCAGGGGCCGUUUCCAGCUGGGCAGCCCCCUUACCCUCUCUACCCCAUGCCCCCUUAUGGGUACGGCCCUCCGGGACCUCCCCCUGUGCCACCCAGGCCUGGGUACAGACCCCCACAACCUACUUACCGUAUGCCCCAGCCUUACUGAGCAUUCGGAGGACUGUGGCAGUGUGAGCCACCAAACUGCUGCUGCCGGUCGAUACCUGACUGUAUGCGUGUGUAAAUAUUAUAUAGACUGUAAUAUUUAUUUUGUUGUAUCUGAGUUAUGUAAUGCAAUUUGUACAUUUCGACACUUUACACAAGCACAGGGCUGUGUCCCUCUGCCAGUGCGACGUAUGCAUUGGUCUUCGCCCCACGCCUAUUGGAGACCAAUCCCUUCACCGCUUUUGGCUGCUGCACCGCUGCACGAUUCAUCCGGUUAGGCCCAAGGUCCAAAGGUCUCGAUUUUGACCCAACAAGGGUUGAGCAAGGAUUUCUGUACUUCGGGAGGGCCGUGCCGUCGGAGGGUCAGUGCAGAAGAAGCGCUGUGCCUGUCACACAAACCAUCUUCCAAACCUAAAAGCGGAGACUCCCCCUGUGGAUGGAUGUGAAUAUUGUCAGGAAACACUAUUGGAAGGAAAGCAGGAUGUUCUCCCCCGAGCCUGUUGUCUGUCCCUUGGCCAACUUGUAUUGAAGAGAAAGGAAGUGAGAUGAUCAGCGAUUAAUUACACUGCUGUUUGUGGAGCUUGCUGUGCUGAAAUUGGGCACCAUCUUGUCCAUGUGAGUGCCAUUUUUGUAGAAAAAGUACUUCAUCGGUUUUAUAGCUCUGUGAAGUAUUGUUUGAUCAACACUGACUGCAUUGAUGCAAGUCUUCUUAGCUCUCAGUGCCGAGCAUGCUUUGAAAGCAGAGAGAUUCAGGGUGCAGACUGAGGAGAGGCGUAGGUGGCAUUCCCACAGGCUGGAAGGUAGGGUCUGAGAGACGUGAUCAAUUUCACAUGUGGAACAGCUUCCUGGAAUGCAGCCACAGCUUUUACUGGAUCAUCCUACCCUCCCCUCACUGGAUUGGUCCCGUAGCUCGAUCGGAGGAGUUCAUUCAGCCCCUCGGGCUUGCUAACUAAGGACCAGGAGUAGAUUAUUCUUGCAAUUUCUCUCUCUCUCUCUCUCUCUCUCUCUCUCUCUCUCUCUUUCUCUCUCACCCACCUCUGAUUCACUGCACAGUAAACAGGAGCAGGGUCUGUUGGAGUUGCUAGCUUUUGGCCAACAUGUUGAGCUAAGACUCUCGCUGCGCUUUGUGGGUUCUGGUCUGUGCAAGGGGUUGCCUUCUCCCAACUGGUGUUCGUUGGCCCUCUUCCUCCUCUUCUGUCUUCACCGCCUGAACUCUGCCGUAGCUGGAGCCUUGGUGUUCAGUGAACCUCCUAUGCUGACCAGUCCGCUCGGUUCAAAGCCCUAUUCUGCCCUGCACGAGGCAGGUCACAAGUUCAGACAGUGUCCCCUGCCCAUUUUUGUACAUGGGAGUGAUCUCAGUGGGUGCUUCUCCCUGCAGUUGCACAGCGGCCUGGAUUCACUAGAGACCUCAGGCUGAGCUGGUGGGGCUAAGGGUGUGCCAGAGCUUGAAAUGCGGCAUGCUUAGGCCUCACAGCCCCUGGAUGUGGUGGGAAGGAGUGAAAUACAGCAGGACGUGAUGCAGCCAGCAGAAUGGAUUGACCUACCAUGAGGUUGAUUCUGAGCUUGCCUUUUCUAGCUUUAUAAACACAACAUUGCGUGUGGGGUGUUGUGAGAGAUGAAUGUACUCACUAUUUACACAGAUAAUCGUUCAUUGACUUUGUCUUGCAGAAUUUCCUGCUGUUCUCUUGCACAGCCUGUGAUCAGCAAAUUGAUUGGAACAAAUCCAGGAGUGUACUUAAAAUAUAAUGUAAAAGAAAAUCGCUGCCACAGUUUCCAAAUUAAAGUUUUUGCUUGGCUCA